AAAUAACGCAAGUCUUUUACGUUCAAAGUUGUCCAGUAGUUCUCUUGCUUUGACAGUGUAUGGUUAUUGUUCGUUGUUUUGUAAUCAUUUUCAUUUUACUCUUUUAUAAUUUUGUUAUUAUACUAAUAUAAAUCAAAUUAUGGCAGAAAAACUACGUAUUUGUAUUGUUGGAUCAGGAAAUUGGGGUUCGACUAUCGCUAAGAUAAUUGGAAUAAAUGCUAUUAAUUUUAGUAAUUUCGAGGAUCGUGUUACAAUGUAUGUUUAUGAAGAAAUAGUCAAUGGAAAAAAACUAACAGAAAUUAUUAAUGAGACACAUGAAAAUGUAAAGUAUCUUCCAGGACAUAAGCUUCCGCCGAAUAUAGUUGCAAGGAUAAAAAUAUGGCUCCUAUACUGAAAGAUUUAGUGGAAACAUCAUAUUUUAAAGUUGUAGUAGUUGAAGAUGUUGAUACGGUUGAAUGUUGUGGAGCAUUAAAGAAUAUAGUAGCCUGCGGCGCUGGUUUCAUCGACGGUUUAGGAUUAGGUGAUAAUACGAAAGCUGCAGUAAUAAGAUUGGGCCUUAUGGAAAUGAUUAAAUUUGUAGAUACUUUUUUCCCUGGUGGAAAAAAAUCUACAUUCUUUGAAAGUUGUGGAAUAGCAGAUUUAAUUACAACUUGUUACGGUGGUCGAAAUCGUAAAAUUUGCGAAGCGUUUGUAAAAACGGGCAAGAAAAUCUCUGAGUUGGAAAAGGAAAUCUUACAUGGACAAAAGUUGCAAGGUCCUUUCACUGCUGAAGAAGUAAAUUAUAUGUUAAAAGCAAAAAAUAUGGAAAACAGAUUUCCUCUUUUCACAACUGUACAUCGGAUUUGUAUUGGUGAGACAACACCUAUGGAACUAAUUGAAAACUUACGCAAUCAUCCAGAAUACAUGAACAACGACGUUAACGCACCAAUACUACAAUUACUAUCACCAAGAUGUCACCUAUGAAGAUUAUUUGGAAGAUAUAAAAGAAGAUUAUUGGUAUAAUUAUUUCGAUUUCAAAAACUGUUUUUAUUCAAAACAUAGAUUUCCAUAUCUAUAUUUUGAUAUGGACAAUGUAGCGAUAAC